UAGUAAUCAGUUAGAAGGUGGGAUAUUUAUUAUUCGUAUAAAACUUUCGGUCGACACCGGUGACAAAAGAGUAAACUACACCGGUAAACAACUGUUUAAGUAUAUUUAUUGCGUUGUAUUUUGAAAAAGUGUACUAAUUAGUUGUGACUCAUGUCUCUGGCAGAUGAAUUGUUGGCUGAUUUAGAAGAGGGUGGAGAAAACUUGGAAACUCAAGACAUUGAGCAAGAAGAUGUUACCGAGGUGUCUGAUACAGUUAUGGAAGUUGACACUACCAAACAUUCUGUGCGGAGUGUUGCCAAGCUCCGAGAUAGCACAGAGCUUAAAUAUGUUUUGCAAGAAAUUGAAAAAUUUUCUACCAUGCAACGGAAAGAUGGUGUCAGUGGUCCAGUCGAGGCAGAUCCAGAAUAUAAACUCAUUGUUGAAGCUAAUAACAUGACUGUUGAGAUCGAUACAGAAAUCAAUGUUAUUCAUAAGUUCACCAGAGACCACUAUGCAAAACGUUUCCCAGAAUUGGAGUCACUCAUCCCUACUCCAAUGGAAUAUGUGAAAACUGUAAAAGAAUUGGGAAACAACAUUUUGGAGAAAUCAAAAAGCAAUGAAGUGUUACAAGAAAUUUUGACCCCUGCCACAUUGAUGGUUGUUAGUGUAACAUCUUCCACAACACAAGGGACAGAAUUAACAGUUGAAGAAAUGGAUCGUGUCAUUGAAGCAUGUGACAUGGCUAUUGACUUGAAUGACUACAAACAGCGUAUUUUCCACUAUGUAGAGUCUCGGAUGAGCUUUAUUGCACCCAACAUCUCUACAAUUGUCGGUGCCUCAAUAGCUGCUAAAUUGAUGGGUGUUGCUGGCUUAACGAACCUCUCAAAAAUGCCAGCCUGUAAUCUCUUAGUUCUUGGUGCACAGAAAAAAACCCUCUCUGGUUUCUCCACUGCAGCUAUAAUGCCUCAUAGCUUUAUUUAUCAAUGUGAAAUUUGCACCAAAACACCACUAGAUUUAAGGAAAACUGCAGCUAAGUUUGUUGCCGCCAAAAGCACUUUGGCUGCACGUGUUGAUAGCUUCCAUGAAAGUCAAGAUGGUCAUGUUGGAGAAACUCUCAAAGCAGAAAUUGAGCACAAAUUGGACAAGUUGAUGGAACCUCACAAAUAUAAACAUGUCAAGCCAUUACCUGCACCCAUUGACCCCCCUCGCAAGAAGCGUGGUGGCCGCAGGUAA